GGGUCCGGACUCUUGACUUCGGGACUCGGCGAAUCUCCCGUUUGCUGUUUCGUUGGUAAAGAAGGGAGGACGACCAGAGGUUCCUGCCGGGGUAUCGACGCGGCGGCGGCGAGCCGGCGACGACGACGAGUUGGGAGAGCGGCGAGAAGAAAGGGGAGGGAUCUGCUGUGAUCAUUCCUUCGAACCCAAACCCUCUCUUCUCCUUCCUACACCGUCUCAUCAUGCAACCGGGAGCCAAAUCAGAGGCAGACCAAGACGAGGAGGGAUCCAGUGCGAGGGUAGGCAGCGGUGGCGGCGGGAGCAAGGUGUAUCACGAAAGGCAGCGGCUGCAGUUCUGUCUUCUCCACGCCCUCAACAACCUUAUGCAGGCAAAGGAAUCUUUCACCCGAGCUGAGUUGGAUGGCAUUGCUGAAAAUCUUGUUCGUGUGGAUCCAAAUAAAGUGCAAUGGACUCCUCUUUCAAUGAUUUUUAAGCCCCAUCACAAUGUAUUCACUGGGAACUAUGAUGUAAAUGUACUUAUCACAGCAUUGGAAUCUAGAAAGAAGAAGGUAGUCUGGCAUGAUCAUCGGAAGGGGGCGUCUUCAAUCGAUCUGGAUGCAGAAGCAUUGGUUGGUCUGAUGAUCAAUGUUCCCGUCAGGAGGUUGAGAGGGCUUUGGACUGGAAGGCAUUGGUUGGCAAUUAGAAGCAUCAACGGUACUUGGUUUAAUUUGGACAGUGAUUUUUCCGCACCCAAGGAAUUUCAGGACAAAGGAGAACUAAUUGCAUUUCUAGACAGCAUUCUCAGUCAAGGUGGAGAAGUCAUGAUUGUGCUGCGAGAUGAAUAACUGCACUGCUUCUACAGCAAUAGCUUCUCUUCUCUGGCUUGCAGUUGUUACCAGUACUUAAAGACUGAUAUCGUGGUGAAGUUGCGACUUCAUUGCUAAGCGUAAUGGACAGCUGAUGAGUUUCUGCUACUGUGAACUGUCGCUGUCCAGAUCAAAAGGGCAAGCCCUGUUCCAUUUCUUCACGGUUCAUGACCCUUCUGUAGAUCGGUUAUCAUCAUAUCAUGUGAGCAAAAUGCCAACCAAAUUAUUUAGAGACAGAAAAUGUGCUUGCUAAUAAACUGUCAGUUUUGCGUUCUUCGCAGAGGGAGUUAUGCUGUGUUCUUAAUUGUCAACGAGAACAUGUGCUGUUUGCAUGGAAAUUACCCGUUUUCUUGGCGGAAGGCAUUGUGUUGAUGCUUGAUUUGAUAGAGUGAUUUGCUGCGGUAGUUGGAUGUGUCCUGUAGAAAUCAGAUUAGGUCGGCAUUUUGGCGCGCUCGUACAAUUUUCAGUUUACUACCUCCGGUGAAAGAGGUAGUAUUUAAAUGUAUAGCCAAAAUCUCAUAGUAUGGGAUACUAUAUUGACAAAAUUCUUAGGCCCUGUU